GACUCGGUUCGGUUUGGCGUUCUCGCGAUCGACAGUCAAGCGCGGAGGGCCGUCGAUGGUGCGCGUUCGCGACGUUUGCAUGCGAGGCGAAUGUACGAUGUACGCGUGUGCGUCCGCGUUCCCCGCGACGCAGGUAUCCGAGGACGUCGGGGCGCGUAGCGCGUGAUCGCGCGUGGGUGCGUGAACGCGUGCGUACGUCCGGGGCGCGCGCGCGCGCGAAGCGGACUGCGCUCCACGGAUGACUUCGCGCCACAAGCAUGGAGCCUCUUCGAGGUAUACUUUUCGAGUGCCGUUAAGAAUCGUCAUGGGAAUCGACUGUGGAUCGCGAGAGAGUCACGAUUGUAUCCUAGAUCCGUAAUUCGAGAUAGAGAGAGGGAGAGAAAAAGUAAGGCAAAAAGGACAAUUAGGGAAAGAAAGAGCACUAAACCGGUUGGCGAAUUCGACCAAAUCCGCCGGGGUAAAUUGGACCCGGUAUUACUUCAAUUGUGUUCCCGGAGGUGACCGUAAACAGUAUGACAUUAAUAGUGACAACUAUCGUCGCUCUAUCCGUGUUGGCUAACGCCGUGCUGGCAGACCUCAAUCCUGACCGUACCAAAUGCGGCGAGAAGAUUUGCAACAUCUCGGAGUACUGCAGCACUUUCGAUCUGCAUUGUCGACCCUGUGCGGUCGCGUGUAACGCCUCGAGUCACAAUUAUCAGCCAUUGGAGUGCAGAAGGGACUGUCAAUUUUAUCUUCAUGAUCAGCGUUAUGCACAACACAUGGAUCAAUCAAGGCAGUACGAUGAUCUCAGAGAGGAGAUCGAGAAGCUUAAGUACAGAUUCGUGGUCACAACGACUUUGACCUGUUUCUCACUGCUCGGAAUGUUAUACCUGCUGGGAAGAACCUUAAUACGGUGGAAAAGGAUUCAGCAGUCUUUACAAACUCUGUUCAGAAGGAAUAUAAAAGUGAAGGCCAAUAAGAACAAAGUGCAAGACGACGUCGAGGCCGCUAUGAAUAAGCAGAACGGUCUCAAGUUGACUAUACCGAGCAUAAGUGCCACGGUGCAGCAGGAAUCCAAGAUCGAGAAUAACAAUAGUAAUAGCAAUAGUAAUAGCAACGGGAUGAACACCACACCGAACACCACGAGCACUCCUCUCUCACGACGGCACGCUAGCGAGGACACCACUCUCGACUAUGCUUACGAUAAUCCGGCGAUGACACCAAGCCCGGACGCCGCGCAGCUUAAGACGAAGGCUCGCGAGAGUUCGUUUUAAGAUUAGAUACAAUCGGACAUUUAACAUCGAUAAGAAAAUAUGCGCAGGAUUUUUCUCGACUUUACUUGUAAAGGCUGUCGAGGUACUUGAAACUUCAAAAAAAGAAGACCAAGGUAAAUAUUUGCUUGUUCUAAAAAUGCAUUUUAAAGUUCCACCGCGAUGAGUGGAAACACCUUUUUGUGGCGAUAAUUGCUUUUGUGAAGAAAAAAGAAACAAAAA